GUUAAGAAAGCGUACCGGCAGAAGGCCCUGACUUGUCACCCAGAUAAGAACCCGGACAAUCCCCGAGCAGCGGAAGUCUUCCACCAACUGUCUCAGGCCUUAGCUGUGCUAACAGACGCAGCAGCAAGGGCGGCUUAUGACAAAGUGCGAAAGGCUAAGAAGCAAGCAGCAGAAAGGACACAGAAACUUGAUGAGAAGCGAAAGAAAGUAAAGCUUGAUCUUGAAGCCAGAGAACGAGAAGCCCAGACCCGUGAGAGUGAAGAGGAGGAGAUCAGGAUAACAAGAUCAUUAGAACAAGAGAUAAUACGCCUGCGUGAAGAAGGCUCUCGCCAGCUUGAAGAGCAGCAGAGACUCAUUCAAGAACAGAUCCGGCUUGAAAGAGAGCAGCACGUCCAAGGCCAGAAGAUAAGAAAUGGAGCAGAAGGCAAAAUAACUCCCAAACUCAAGCUAAAAUGGAAAUGCAGGAAAGAAGAUGAGACAAGAGGGGGAUACUCAAAAGACGUUCUGUUGCGGAUCCUACAAAAGUAUGGCGAUGUGCUCAAUUUGUUGAUCUCAAGCAGGAAGACUGGGAGUGCAGUUGUGGAAUUUGCUACGGUUAAGGCUGCUGAGAUGGCUGUGAAGAAUGAAGUUGGCCUGCUAAACAAUCCUCUAAAGAUUUCCUGGCUGGAGGGCCAGCCCCGGCACAAUCCCAGCCGUGUCCUUUCUGACAGCACUAGUCAGCCUAGGACUUCACAGGCAUCCGUGGUGUCAGAGCGGGACUACGAGAGCCUGGUGAUGAUGCGGAUGCGCCAAGCAGCAGAGAGGCAGCAGCUCAUUGAACAGCUCCAGCGAGAAGAUGAGGAAGAGUCUCGCACCUAGCAUGAGAGUAUGGAUUCUCCCCACCGUUCUUCCUUUCUAAAGCUGUUUCUUAAAUUAAGUCAAU